AGCCAAUGGGGCGGGGCGGGGCGCGGCUGCGGCGCGGAGAUCGCGGCGGGUGGUGAGCCUCCUCCCAUGCGGCAGGGCUGCUCCCGACGCCCUCGCGCCAUGGCCGAGCCGCGGUACCUGCAGGCCGAGUGCGCGUUCCGGCCCGGGGCUCACACGGUGCGGGUGACCCUGACCCGCAGCACCUUGCGGGUGGAGGUGGAGGCUCACGGCACCGCCGACCUGUGGAGGGGCGAGUUCGAUGCCACCUUCAUCGAGGACCUGACCCGCAAAACGGGGAAUUUUAAGCAGUUUGGCAUCUUCUGCAGCAUGCUGGAGUCGGCACUGACACAGAGUAGCGACUCUGUCAGCCUGGAGCUGCUCACCUACACCGACCUGGAGACCCUGCACAGCCGCAAAGUGGGGGUCACCCGGCCUCCCCCUUCCACCCGUUCCCCCCUCAACACCAAGCGCUACCUCAUCCUCGUCUACUCCGUGGAGUUCGAUAGGAUCCAUUACCCCCUGCCCCUGCCCUACGCGGGGCGGCCAGACCUCGUGGCCCUGGUGCGGGAGCUGCAGGAGCAGCUGGCGCAGCUCCGGGCCCAGCGCCUGGAGGAGACCCAGCACUUGCGGGACGCGCUGUGGCAGGCAGUGGAGGAGAAGCGGGCAGCAGAGGCCCGGCACCAGCGCGAGUACCAGCAGAUGGCUGCAGAGCUGACCCAGGCAAAGGCAUCGGAGAAGAGGCUGCAGCUGCGGGUGAAGAACCUGACAGCUGAACUGGCCUCCUGCAAGAGGGGCCGCCAGAAAUCUGCCAGCCCGGCCCCACGCCCCCAGGAGCGACGCUCAGCAUCCCUGGAGAGCCACAGGAGCAGCCGGGGUCACCCCUCGCCAAAGUCCCCAUCACCUGCAGGUUCCCGCCCACCACGCUUCGACCCCACUGCCUUUGUCAGGGCCCGGCAGUGCCGGCAGAAGGAAGCUGAGCUCAGAAACCAGCGCCGUGGAGGGGUUUCUGGCAGCACCAGUCCAGCGAGGAGCCACAGGCGCAGCUCGUCUGCUGAAAGCUCCCGGAGCUGUCGCUUGGGAGGGAGCUCUGGCAGCAAAGGCAGUGAGCGCCCUGAGCCCGUGCCCUGCAGGGACAGGAGAGUGACCCGUACACGGAGACCCCUGAGCAUCUCGUCCUGCAAUGGCCCCUGCAUGGUGUCUCGCCCAGCUGCCAGCCGCAAGCUGCCAGGGUGCAGGACUGGUGGCAAGCGCCCUGGUAAAGAGAACCAUAUCAAGGAGUCCUCAGCUGAACUGGCUGAGAUUGAUGCCCGCCUGCAGGCUCUGCAGGAGUACAUGGACAGCCUGAACACCCGCAUGUGACCCCCUCCAGGGACACACACCCUGUCCCUGUGUGACAGUGAUGGUGUGGUACAACUGUCCCCACAAAUAAACGCUUGUGUGACCCCA